AUGGCCGCGAAGAUUCCGAGAAUCGCGAUAAUCGGCGAAGGAGUCAUCGGAUGCACGUCGGCCCUGCAGAUCGCGAAAGCGAUCCCGAACGCCCGGAUCACGGUGCUCCACGACAAACCGUUCGAAUCGUCGUGCAGUGCCGGACCCGCCGGACUCUUCCGAAUCGACUACGAGGAAAAUACGUUAGUUUUUGUGUUUCAGAGCUUACAAUCUCCUUUUAACCUGAUCUAAUGUGAUUGUUUUGCAGUGAGUACGGACGAGCCUCGUUCGCCUGGUUCUCGCAUCUGUACCGUACCACGAAAGGAGCGGAGACUGGCGUGAAGUUGGUGUCCGGACACAUUCAGUCGGACAAUCUCGAAUCGCUGAAACAACAACAACGGGCCUACGGCGGCAUUGUCUACAAUUUCCGGUUUCUGGACGAUCGAGAACGUCUCGACAUGUUCCCCGAGCCGUCAAAGUGAGUAGAACCAGAAUUAAAGGCGUUUUCAGACAAUGAUCAUUUCAGACACUGCAUCCACUACACCGCCUACGCAUCCGAGGGCAACAAGUACGUGCCGUACCUGAAAAAGUUGUUGCUCGAGCGAAAAGUGGAGUUCAAGCGGGAGGAGGUGAAGAGUUUGGACAAAGUGGCCGACGACGGAUACGAUGUGAUUGUGAACUGUGCCGGAUUGGCGGGCGGGGCACUCGCUGGCGACGAUGACACGUGUUAUCCGAUCCGUGGCGUCAUUCUGGAGGUGGACGCGCCAUGGCACAAACACUUCAACUACAGGGACUUCACCACGUUCACCAUUCCAAAGUGAGUCGCGUUGGCUCAGCAAAUGCGCUCCGCUGCACUCGCCACUUUUCUCUUUUCAUUUUCGUCUCUAAAUUCAUUUUUUUGCCAGAGAGAACACUGUCGUGAUCGGUUCGACGAAACAGGACAACCGCUGGGACCUGGAGAUCACCGACGAGGACCGCAACGACAUUCUCCGCCGCUACCUUGCCCUGCAUCCGGGCAUGCGAGAGCCCAAAAUUGUGAAGGAGUGGUCGGCGCUGCGGCCCGGCAGAAAACACAUUCGGAUCGAGGCGCAGCAGCGGAAAUCGAAGAAUUCGUACACGGUGGUGCAUCAUUACGGCCAUGGAAGCAACGGAUUCACGCUGGGCUGGGGCACCGCCAUCGUGGCGACGCGGCUCGUCAAGAAGGCGUUGGGAGUGGAGGAAUGA